CAUUCAAGAGAUCAAAGAGAUUCUCCGCUGCGUGCUCGUUGAGGAUGACUCUUUGCACAUUCAACGCUAUAAAUGCUGCGUCGACCAGCGUGCUUAACAUGUAAUCUCAAGACAGAAACUAGGAUACCUUUGCCCAGUAAUAUGCAACCUCCAAAACAGACAUCAACACCGGGCGCUCUUCAGCCGUUGGCGGUUGUGGGUUACGCCCUCCGCUACCCCGGUGAUGCCACGAAACCCGAGAAGUUCUGGGAGAUGCUCAUGACACGAAAAUGUGCAUCGACACGGUACCCAGCCGACCGUCUGAAUAUCGAUGCACAUUACAACCCUACGACCAAGAGGGCCGACACACUGUCCGUAGACGGCGGCCAUUUCAUCACAGGUGACCUCGGCGCCUUUGAUCCGGCCUUCUUCUCACUCACAGCAACCGAAGCCGAGGGCAUGGACCCUCAGCAGCGACUCGCACUCGAGGUGAGCUACCAAGCGCUUGAGAAUGCGGGUAUCUCGUUGAAUGCCGUGUCAGAGACAAAAACAUGUGUGUUCUCAGGUUGCUCCGCGAAUGACUAUGGCACGAUGCAUGCGAAGGAUCCGCAGGCGGCGGGCAAGCACGUGGCGUAUAGUCAGGCCAUGUGCAUGAUUGCAAACCGCAUCAGUUGGGCGUUCAACCUGCGCGGCCCUAGCGCAAAUGUUGAUACGGCGUGCUCGAGCAGUCUCGUUGCGCUUGAUAUGGCGUGUCAGUCCAUCUGGAGCGGCGCGUCGACGAUGGGUCUCGCUCUUGGCAUCAAUCUGAUCAUCGCCCGGGAAUGGUCAAACGGACUGGACAACCUCGGCUUCUUCUCCUCCGACAACCGCUGCUAUAGCUUCGGCGAGCAAGCAAACGGCUACUCGCGCGGCGAAGGUCUCGGCGCACUAAUCAUCAAGCCCCUCGACGAUGCAAUCCGCGAUGGCGACACAAUCCGCGCACCAAGCCGCACAGCACAGCAGAAGCUCAUUGAGGACACGUAUCUGCAUGCGGGCAUCUCCCUUGCGUCGACGCGGUACUUCGAGGCACAUGGUACGGGUACGGCGGUUGGGGAUCCGACGGAGGUCAGAGGAAUAGGUGCUGUUUUUCGAGGAUAUCGCUCGGCCGAUGAGCCAUUGUACCUAGGCUCCGUGAAAUCCAACAUAGGCCAUCUUGAAGGUGGCAGUGGAAUUGCCGGUGUCAUCAAAGUAAUCCUCUCCCUGGAGAAGGGGCUCAUCCCGCCUGUCAGCGACUACUACAAGCGGCUGAACCCGCGAAUUGAUGCUGAGCAUCUAAACAUACAGGUCGUCUCAGAAGCUAUAGCCUGGCCGCCGGGGCUACGCCGAGCUUCUGUCAGCUCGUUCGGCUUUGGCGGUGUAAAUAGCCAUGUCGUUCUCGAUGAUGCGUACCACUACAUGAAAGCGCGCGGUCUUGACGGAAAUCAUUGUACAGUCGUUGACACUUCGGUCAUUCGUCGCUCGAUGCCAGACGACAAUUACGACACUGAAGUUACGAAUGGGAAUAUUGACGGGCAUUCAACUGGAGCGGCGGCUAAUGACCACUCGUACGGACAUGUUAAUGGCAACGGAGAGAUUGGUCAUACGAACGGGACAAGAAAUGGCACAGCGAAUGGUGUAAUAAACGGACACGCCACAUGUCCCGAAGAAUCCUCUCUGCACCUCCUUACCUGGUCUGCCGCAGACAAGGAUGGUCUGAGCCGACUCGCUGGGGACUGGGAAACAUACCUCGACACGUCCUGUCAAUCCGCCAGAGAUCCGCGGUCCCAUCUGGCCAGUCUGGCGCAUACGCUGAACGAGCGACGCACACAUCACCCUUGGCGUACUUUUGCCGUCGCUGAGCAUAAUUCCCCAGGCAAAGAGGUGGUUGACUCGUGGACCCCACCCGUGCAGUCAAGUGCUGAUGUUUCGGUUGGGUUUGUCUUUACCGGGCAAGGCGCCCAAUGGCCGACCAUGGGCAGGGAACUCCUAGCGCGGUACUCCGUAUAUCGUCAGUCAAUUAAGGAGGCAAGCGUGUACCUUCGCUCUCAGGGUGUUGAAUGGGAUCUGCUAGAUGUCCUUCAAGCCGACAAGGGGAUAUACCCAAUUGACGAGCCGGGGUUCGCACAGCCACUCUGCACCGCGAUCCAGAUAGCACUAGUUGAUCUGCUGGACACAUUUGGAGUCUCUCCAAGUGCCGUUGUAGGCCACUCAUCUGGUGAAAUUGCCGCCGCGUACUGCUACGGGGCAAUUUCGCGCCACUACGCAUUGAAGCUUGCCUACUUCAGGGGGGUAUUCGCUGGCAAGCUCGCGACAACAUCUACAAUGACGGGCGCGAUGAUGGCCGUAUCCUUAUCCGCAAAGGAGAUCCAGCCAUACCUUGCUGGGCUGCGCGAAGGCGAAGAAGUCGCCGUCGGCGUUGUAGUGGGCUGCUUCAACAGCCCAAAGAGUAUUACCCUGUCCGGUGACCGCGCCCAACUCGAGAAGUUGCAGGUACGAUUGAAGGAGGAAAAUGUCCUUGCGCGGCUUCUGCCUGUACCUGUCGGGUAUCACUCGUUUCAAAUGCAGGAGGUUGCGGCGGGCUACGCUGCUGCUGUUGGAGAUGACGAACCACUUUCUGUGAAGCGCACAACACGCUGCAGGAUGGUUUCCUCUGUGCAUACGCGGUGGGUUUUAAAGGAGGAACUCUCCCAGGCGAAGUACUGGGUGACUAAUCUCGUCUCACCUGUUCGGUUUGUCGAUGCGGUGCGCAAGUUCCAGUCCCGUGCUGCCCCGGCGCUGAUCAAGAAGCUGGACGGGUCUCAUCGCGAGUCUGCUGUCGUGGACGUGCUUGUUGAAAUUGGCCCACAUGCUGCGCUCCGGGGACCAUGUCGGGAUACCCUUCUCGCCGCAAAUGCAUCCGCACGAGUAGAGUAUCUCUCUGCCCUCGUGCGGAACACGAAUGGAUCGCGCACCCUCCUCCAGGCCAUUGGGCGGCUGCAUUGUCUUGGAGCGAAGAUUGAACUGGGCGCCGUGAAUCUCGCUACUGGGGCAGAGAAAGUACUCACUGAUCUAACGGCGUACAGCUUCAACCACGCCAAAUCGUAUUGGCAUGAGGGGCGAACGAGCAAGGGGUUCAGGUUCCGCAAGUAUGGACGGCACGAACUCCUGGGCUGGCCGGAAGACGAUUGGAACCCUCUGCAGCCCAAGUGGAGUAAUAUCCUCCAGUCUUCUGAUCCAGUCUGGGUCCGAGACCACGCAAUUGAUAAUGUCACCAUUCUUCCUGGUGCCGCGAUGAUAACCAUGGCCAUUGAAGCAAUCAAGCAAGUCACUGAGCCCGCGUCAAGCAUCACCGGGUUUGAGCUUAAAAACGUCAACUUCCGCGCAGCCCUCAAAGUCAUUCCCGGUGGACCAGGCGUCGAGACGCGCUUCUAUCUACAUCCACCAGCCGCAGGCUCCGACCGGAACUGGUUCGAUUUCAGACUGUGCAGCUACGAUGGGUCCUGGGUAACAAACUGCGAUGGCUCGAUCCAGGCUGUUACCACACCAAAACCCACUGAGGCUGUGUCCCCGGCUCUGGCUGACGACCAGGCGACAUUGAUCCCUGAUCUGACGAGGUCGUGCACGACGGCGCUCGACGCAGACCGGUUCUACGAAAUGCUCGGAUCAUUCGGAUACCAAUUCGGCCCUGCAUUCGUGCGAAUCUCUAGUAUUGCCUGCGACGACGAGAGCCAAUUGCUUUCGGAUAUUGCACCCUAUCCAGCCGAGAACCCGCAUUGGACGGAAACUUACACCGUGCACCCUACUACGCUGGAUGGACUGAUGCAGACGAUUCCCACACUUCGAUCCCGAGGCGGACAGCGGAAGGUUCCAAUCUCCGUCCCACGCCAUGUGUCCCGCGCUUGGAUCUCGAGCUCGGGGCUUACCUCACAAGACUGUACGGCGAUCAGAGUGGGAACGAAGAUUGAGAGUCUCGGCCGCCAGGAGUGCGUCUCGAAUAUCGCGGCGUUUACAUCUAAAGGCGGAGAAAGGCUCAUUCGACUGGAGCGCGUUGUGUUUGCGAAUAUUGACUCGCAGGCACCGCAGGGAGACGAAGAUGGCAGCGCCCCUCCCUUGAAGUGUCAACAUAUCGAGUGGAAACCAGACCUAGACCUCAUGACAGCUGAGCAGAUCCAGAAGUACUGCAGCGAUGCGGCCGUAGGGGACAAUGCAGAGAAAUCUGCGAUGCUCCGCUUCAACAUUGACACCGUCGUCGACGGGUUCAUCUCACGCGUUGCCAGCGUAUUAUCUGCGACUGGCCGUACCACCAAGGACAACAUUCCCACCGUGAUGGACACAUAUAUCGACUGGAUUUGCCAAGAAAGCAAAGCUCUCGGCAUCUCCUCGUUCACGUCGCGAUCCAACGAUAUUACGCAGCGGAUUGUGGACGAAGAGCGCUUCGAGCAGAUGUUACGCGCGGGGGGGCAGCUCGACGCGAGUGAUAUACUUUCAACUGAACUGUUCGAAGCUGCCCGUGUCGAAGUUUGGGAACAAGCCCCCGGUGCGCAGUGCUGGGCCGCAUACCUGGACGCCCUGGCGCACAAGCAUCCUGGGAUGAAGAUUCUCGAGGUUGAUGGCGUGACAGGCUCUACUGCAAACUCGAUCGUCUCUACUCUGAAGCUUGGAUCAGCGGAAGAAGCUGAAGUCCCCCGGUUCGCUCAACUGGAUAUAUCUGGAUCGGACAGUGACCUCGAUAGUCUUCGCGAGAGUCUGGGUGAGUUCGGUAGUCGCGUAUCCUUGAAAGACAUGGAUAUUAUUCACCAGAGUGCCUCACCUGACGAAUAUGAUCUUAUCGUUUUGUAUUCGACGGCGAUGCGUGGGCCAGCGCGGGAGAGCGCUCUACGGAACUGUCACUCUAUGCUUAAAGCAGAUGGAAAGCUCGUGGUCAUCGAGACCGUCACUGCCCAACCUCGUCGACACACCUUCAUCCACGGCCUGCGCGAGUCAGUCGUGGAGGAGAAAGACGCCGGAUUCGAUACACGAACGGGCGAACCCACCAAGGUAGGGUCAGACCCUUGCAGUGUAGAGGCCUGGGAUCGAACGCUGCGCGAUACUGGCUUUUCGGGGGCCAAUCUGGUUUUCCCGAACCACACCGACAACGCCUCCGACGAGAUGAGCAUCAUCGUGUCGGCAGCAGAGCCACGGGAUAUCCCACAGCCUAUCUGUCCGAUUACGAUCGUAUCGGACCCUGAGAUCCCCGGACAGGGCGAGAUUGCCGCAAAGCUGGCUGAACUGCUGGGGCCUGCGAAUGUCGAUCAUUAUUCCCUGGAAGAGGCGCUUACAGUGGAUAUUGCUGCUGAAAGUAUAAUGUGCGUACUAAGCGAGAUUGGACAGCCAGUCCUGGCGAAUAUCACAGACCAAAAGUUCCAACACCUCCAGCAACUUUUCUCCUCAUCUGCCGAGAAGGUCCUUUGGGUGAAUUCUGGGUCUGGAGACUCAUCAUCUCCAUCUUUCCGCGCCAUUGACGGUCUCUUCCGGGUGCUCAACUCGGAGCUUACUGCAAAGACUUUUGCUACGCUAUCCAUUGAGGAAGCCCCAGAUAAUGCGGAUGCCAUAUCCCGAGUCAUUCGAUCCAUGGCGAACUCUCCGUGUCCCGAAACUGAAUACGUCGAGCGCUCGGGCCUUUUGCACAUCCCUCGCUUGAUCAACGCAACUGAAACUUCGCACUCUCUAUCGGAGAAGCAGCCAUCCCAAGCCCUAACCCUGCAAUCCUGGAACGCCGAGUCCGCCCGUAAGCUCUCCAUCAAGACCCCCGGUCUCCUCGACAGCAUCCACUUUAUCGAAGACACAGACCGCCAGUCCCCACUGCCAGCGCACAUGUUCGAAGUGAAAGUCAAAGCCGUCAGCGUCAACUUCCGCGACAUCCUCAUCAUGCUGGGGCGGAUGGACCAGACGACCGUCGGCUUUGAGUGUGCGGGAAUUGUCACACGUGUCGGGGAAGACUGCGGCGAUUUUAAAAUCGGAGACCGCGUCUUGGGCUGCGAGUUUGAUACGUAUCGCAGCUAUGCGCGGUUGCAGAGGGAUACGGCCGUGCGGAUUCCGGAGGGGAUAUCCUUCACCGAGGCCGCGGCGAUUCCCAUCAAUUUCAUCACGGCGUGGCAUGCGCUUGUUGCGUUGUCGAAUGUGCAGCGUGGGGAGCGUGUUUUGAUUCACUCUGCUGCUGGUGGCACGGGCCAAGCUGCCGUGCAGGUCGCGCAGUACUUCGGAGCUGAGGUGUUUGCCACGGUUGGCAACGUCAAGAAGAAGCAGUUCCUCAUGGAGAGAUACGGGAUCCCCGAGACGCACAUAUUCUCCAGUCGGACGCUCGAAUUCGUCCGUGGGAUCAAGCACCUCACCGGCGGGCAAGGGGCGGAUGUUGUUCUCAACUCGCUCUCCGGCGACGCCCUGACAGCCUCCUGGGAAAUCAUCGCUCCGUACGGGCGGUUCAUUGAGAUCGGCAAGCGCGAUAUCCUUAAUCAUCGACCACUCGAUAUGUAUCACUUUGAGAAGAACGUCACUUUCAGCGCGAUCGACGUCGCGAUGAUGGUCAAGGAGCGGCCAGCACUUGUUGGGCGUGCGCUGAGGGCAGUCAUGCCUUUGAUUGCGAGCGGAGCGCUGCGAAUCUCCAGCCCUCACCACGUGUACGGUAUUGGUGAGAUGGAAACAGCAUUUCGCGCUCUGCAGGGUGGGCAGAGCUCCGGUAAAGUAGUGUUAGAAAUGCGUGAUGCGGAUAUUGUGCGGGCAAUUCCAGCUGUGUCAGCUGUGCAGCAAAAGUCGUUUGACGCCAACGCUACAUACGUCGUAGCCGGUGGGCUUGGGGGUCUCGGCAGGGGCAUUGUACGGUGGAUGGUCUCGUCCGGUGCGCGAUACUUUGUCUUGCUGUCGCGCAGCGGUGCAAAGGAUGAGGACGCAAAAUCCUUCUUGCAAGAACUGGCGAGCAGCGGUGUUACAGCGAUGGCAACCCCGUGUGAUAUCACCGAUUACUCCAUGCUCGAGGCUGUCCUCGGAGCCGCAUCACAUUGCAUGCCUCCGGUCAAGGGGUGUAUACAGGCUACCAUGGUUCUGCAGGACACAAUCUUCGAAACAAUGACCCACAAGCAAUGGACUUCAGCAACAGCCCCCAAGAUCACCGGAACCUGGAACCUGCACACCCUCCUCCCCUCAAACCUCGACUUCUUCAUCAUGAUGUCCUCUAUCUCCAGCAUAAUCGGCAACCGCGGACAGGCUAACUACGCGGCUGCAAACUCGUUCAUGGAUGGCCUCGCUGUCCACCGCCACGCGCAAGGCCAGCGCGCGACGUCGCUAAACCUAGGUCUAUUCCUCGACGCUGGUGUCGCGACGCAGGCUGCUGCGCAGCGGGAGAGAUAUCUGGCGAAUUUGCCGUUUAGUCCGAUCUCGGAAAGCCAGCUUCAUGCGCUGUUGGCGUAUCAUUGUCACCCUGGCACAGCCUCGUCGGAAGGCUCAUCGGCAGCGCAGACAAUAAUGGGCCUGCAGCCCUCUGCUCACGGCAGACCCUGGGACCCAGAGACAGAGACCUGGCUGGCCCGCCCAGCAUUCCGCUACUUUGCGCUCGCGAACACCUCGAGUGGCUCCGCCACGUCCUCCUCAUCAGGAACCACCAACAGCGGGGGCAACCUAGGCGCUGAACUGGCCUCUGUCUCCACAUCUGAGGAAGCUGCGCCAAUCGUCACACAACUACUCGUCUCGAAGUUAGCCAAGGUGCUCGGUGUAGCUAAGGAAGAAUUCGAUGUGAAGAAACCGAUGCAUGCAUACGGGGUCGACUCGCUCGUUGCAGUAGAGAUGCGCAACUGGUUUGCGAAAGAGCUGAAGGCGGAUAUGGCCAUCUUCGAUAUGCUUGGUGGGGCGACGAUUGAGGGUGUUGGGGCUCUGGCGGCGGAGAGGGCGUUGGCGAGGAGGUAGAGUACCUGUAGUAUGUAUAUAGCGAUGGUAUUUACAGGGGAUGUGGUAUUUCUCCCUCCGUUGAUAACAUCUCUUUGAUAUAUUAGAUAUUAGGCCUCGGGCACCAAGUAAUUUAGUCCAGAAAUAUAUGCUUUUGUUCAACAAACGAUUUCC